AUGCCACUGUUCGAUAUGGCGGAGGCGGUAAGCCGCGGGGACAUCAUCGUGGACGAAGUGGAUGCGCUCAAUGCUGUGAAUUCCGGGAAACUGAGCGAACUGGAGACAGCUCGGUUUAGUCCACUGGUGGCUGAACAUUCGCGUCGACAGAGCGCCGGCAACGGUACUCAGCAUAUCCGUGCUGAAGCGUUGCCGUUUGGUCUGGCUGGCGGUGAUGUAAAUGGUGCAUCAGCGGGAGGCAGUGACGAUGAACACGCCUGGGAUAAUGUACUAGUUGAUGAAGUGGAUUUCGUGCAUGCUGCCGAGCGAGGGCGCAUCGCCAGGAAGGAUUUGCCCAUCCCGGAACACCGGAGUAGCGGUACCAGUGCGGCGUUUCAACGUAUGCUCAACGACAACACAGGGGACUUCGCUGAUAGUUCACAGGAGGAGAACGAUUGGAGUAGAGUUCUGGUUGAUGAGGUUGAUAUUCUGCAUGCUGCCGAACAAGGGUCCAGGAUUUCGAACCGUAGCGAAUGUCGUCUGAGCUUUAUGCAUCGAGAAGAUGGAGGUAGAGGGACCGAGCGAAAUGUAAUUCACAAAGCAGCUGGUAGAAGCACAGGGUGGACUGUAGAUGCAAAUCCGUCGCUUAUUGAGCUGUGGGUUUUGGUUACAACGGAUUUUUCUUUGGAAUUGAGAAAUUGCAACAAAAGCGGCUCACGGAAACUCUGA